UCUCCCACUUACAAAUCAUCGAAGAAAAAGAAAGAGAUAGAGAUAGGAAAUGGUGAAGGCACGUACCGUGGGUGUGGGAAUGGACUAUUCUCCGACGAGCAAAUCAGCUCUUCGGUGGACGGCUGAGAAUCUCCUUGACGAUGGAGACACCAUCAUCUUGAUUCAUGUUCAACCCCAAAACGCUGAGCACACCCGCAAAAUCCUCUUUGAGGAAACUGGUUCACCGUUGAUUCCUCUGGAGGAAUUUAGAGAGGUUAACUUCUCUAAACAGUAUGGACUUGCUUAUGAUCCGGAGGUUCUUGAUGUUCUUGAUACACUCUCGAGGGCAAAGAAGGUGAAGGUGGUGGCAAAAGUGUUUUGGGGAGAUCCAAGGGAGAAACUUUGCGAUGCCGUCGAAAAUCUAAAACUCGAUUCCAUUGUUCUAGGCAGUCGAGGUUUGGGUCCUCUCAAAAGGAUGUUGCUGGGUAGUGUGAGCAAUCACGUGGUGACAAAUGCAACAUGUCCAGUCACGGUUGUCAAAGGCAAUUAAAGUGUCCUGUUCUUUAAAAUUUGGAGCCAGUUAUAUCACUACUAGUUUCGACUUUUGUAUUCAUACAUUAGUCUUUCAAUAAAGAAACUCUUCAAUAAACUAAAGUUAAUGAAAUCUUCGGUUAUCAGUUAUCACUUUUGUUUUUAUGGAAAACGGCACAUAGUGGAUUUUUAAUCUUUUUGUUGGUCA